AUGGACAAGCUUGAAAAAGUAUGCUCUCCUGGCGCCCCCAAGGACGAUGAGGUGCUGCAUGGAGACCCGGAGGCCACGCGUGCGAGCGCAGGCAAGCAAACAGACUCUGACCGGCCGGACCAUUCCAUCAUGAGGCAAUUGCUCACCUUUCUCCUCACUUUGCCGUAUGAUGAGCAAGCAUUUGGGACCACUGCUGCCACCGCUGCUGACCGCAAGAGCUCUGUGCCGAUCACCACUACAGAAGGCACCAUCGAUCCGAACGAAAAGCUGGAGACAGACAAGGGUCAGAAGGGGCACAGCAUCCUUCGACAAAUCAUUAACCCGCAUGGCAAGAAGUAUGAUAGUGAGGGAUACGGAACGACAGCUCACGAGGCUGGCCAGAGCAGUUCCCACCAGGCAGCCGUUGCAGCUGAGGAGGACUCAAACCACAAUCUAGUCGCAGACAAGCAGGUUGAAUCACCAAGGACAGAGCCAACACAGUCUCAAACCCGCAGUCAAUCUAGUCUCGGACGAGACGCCGCCAUUGCUGGUGGAGCAUCAGCGCUUGGCGGACGUGCGGCUUAUGCUGCCCCCCGAGACAGAGACGAAUCGAGUCCAUCGAAUACCACUUCCGGAGGUACUUCAUCAGUGCAGAACACAACUGGCCGUGAAUUUGGCUACGACCAAUCCGCUCAGACGGCGUCUGCUACCGCGCCUGCGCUUUCAUCAACGACUGGACAGCCAGCCGCCCUCUCUGCGAUCGGCCGCGACAAUCAGACCGCUCCUCAGACCUCCGAUUCUUCACAUCUUGGUCGUGAUGCCGCCAUUGCUGGCGGCGUAGGUGCAGUAGGCGCCGGAGGUGCUUAUGCUGCUACGCCAGACCGCGAUCACAAUCCCACCAGCUCUGCCACGACAUCUUCUACCAUAGGCGCCAGUGGACAGACCGAUGGCCUUGCUGACGGACGAAGCGCCGAGAGGGCUGCAAACGAGCAAUCGGGCCAGCACAACUAUGGGAGAGAUGCCACAUUGGCGUCUGGUGUAGCAGCAGGUGGUACUCUCGGACCACAUGAGGCCGACAAGCACCGUGAACAGCAGGGAGAUAACUUGAUUGUUGCGACUGGCACCGCACCAAUUAGCAGACCUCUAGACGGAGACAGCAACAUCGCUACUGGGAGGACUGUAGAGGCGUCCGGCACAUCGGAUCUGCCAAAUGAAGCUUCCAGACUUGAAUCUGGUGCAGGAUCUGGUAUUAAUCCGACCGAAGCCCCAGAAGCCGCAUAUGCAGGAGCAAGACAUCUAGGCUCGAACGGUACCACAGAAGGGAGUGGCUCCACUGAGCAGAGCGGAGCUGGAUCGACCGGCCUUGGCUCGUCAGCAACUGCUGGCGGAAUCCAGUAUUCGAAUGCCCCAGGCCACGGACAUAUCAACCCUGUCGGUGCUCCAGAAGAAAGCCUGGCUGGAGCUCAUCACCAUGCUGUCCUCGGAGCUGGUGUACAUAAUGACACAGGCCCUGAUCAGUUGAACCAGGCGCCUGCCGAUGUGCAAGCCGCAACAUACACGUACAGUUCGCAGCCGGUUGGAUCCACAUUCGGGCCGCAUGUUCCUGGAGAAUUUCCCACAGAGACCGGCCAAGACCCUCAUGAAACGUCAAUAUCUUACGGCGCCACUGCUGGAGGCUCUCAAUUAGCACCACUGGCAGGCACAAGCGCAACAUCUGGAACGGGGACUGUUACCGGUCUAGCGACAAGAGCUGCCGCUGGAAGCGCUCUCGGUGCUAGUGAUACUCCAAGCAAAAUCAGUGCGCCUCAGCAGAGCAGCAGCAUUCCUGUGGACGGUUCGGCGGCUUCGACACAGCCAGCUACUCAGGACUACCCCAUCCCGUCUGCAACAGACCCGACAGCUCCUAAAUCUGCCGAAUCGCAGCAACACAAUUAUGGCAGAGACGCUGGUAUCGCUAUGCAGCCAGGCGUUGCUCACGAAGCAACUCAAGGCCGUGAUCAUGCUGCUGCGUCAGCGCAAGCUCCUCUUUCUUCGACCACACAGUCUACCUCGCAGCCUGGCAUCCAACUACCCCCGCCACGACAUGAGAAUCAUCCAUCGACUCACGAAACCACCACGACCACCACUCAACCCACUACUCAACAAAGCAUUUAUCAGGACACUCCUGUGCAAAAGGAGGAGAGUGGCCGUGGAAGAGAUGCUGCUUUGGCUGGUGGUGCCGGGGCUGCGGGUGCAGGUGCAGCAUAUGCUGCCACUCGUGAUCGAAACGACACUGGCCCAGCACCAAACACGAUUGGUCCCCAUGAUUCUGAUGUCAAGAACAUACUCGAUCCACGCGUCAAGCCAGACACAGCGGUCCAAGGAUCCCAGAAAAAUCAAGAUCCUGCCAUCGCUGCUGCGCAGAAAGCUGCGAAAGACCAUCGAUAUGAGACUCGCGAUGCUGCUCUAGCUACUGGUGCGGGAGGUGCGGGAGCCGCAGCUGCCGCGGCCUACGGAACUACACAUGAUGUAUACGGCGAAGAAGACCCAAACAAGCACAACAAGCUUCACAAGCCGACACCAGAUGAAAAGAAGCACGACAAGGAGCUUGAGAAGGAGCAGAAGAAGUACGAGAAGGAGGCGGAGAAAGAGCAAAAGAAGGCGGAGAAAGAGGCGGAGAAGGAGCAGAAGAAGGCCGAAAAGGAAGCGGAGAAGGAGCAAAAGAAGGCUAAGAAAGAAGCUGGGAAAGAGAAGAAGCCUAGCCUUCUUAACAGAAUCUUGCACCCUGGCCGACACGAUAGCAAAGAGACCGAGGAUGUUUCCAAUGAAAAGACUGGUCACAACAAGGGUGAUCUCGACCACCCCCUUGUCGCCGCAGCAGAAGUCGAGCAAGCCGAACGCCAAGCUCAGAAUCUGCCUCCGACCAGCAGUGCAGCGGGGGGUACUGUCAUCGAACCCCACACCGGCUUGCCAAUGAAUGUCGACAAGUUUGGUGAUGGUCAUGGUGGGACUGAUGGAACUCCUCAAAUCGAAGGAUAUCACGAGACUGAUCCUGCGCUGCGAAAUGCUAGUAUUGGAACUGGGCAGGGAGCAGGUACCAAGGCUGGACAUGCUCAACCUGGACAGGAAGGCGUUGCUGGGCCUGAUUGGGAUGCCAUUAAGAAGGCUAAUACUCCAUACUAGGUAAUAUGUGGACGGACGAGUGUUACGAUUGUUACUUGUUGGCGUACGUUGACUUUUGAAGCACAUGUGCUAUGAGGGUGGAUUUCUGUUUGCGUCUGGAGUAUGUACCCUACGAUAGUCAUUUUUUUGGGGGGAAGAUAUGUUUGAGAGUAUACAAGAGUCAUCAUGUUGAGUUCAGCUUGGAUUGUCAGCCUACUUGUCAUGCAUGACGGGUGAGACUGCGAGUAUACUCUGCAUUUCCGCGUUGCCGC